GAACCUAGAAUGAGCGAUUGAAAUACGCAUGUGUGUAUUAGGAGCAAUGCCGUCGCUAAGCGGCUUAAGUAGGGGGGGGAUGUGAGUAUGGAAUUGACGUGCCACUUUCCCCCUUUAAUAGAUUUCUCCCACUCUGUUAUUAUUGGGGGGGGGAGGGUAUAGUCUGUUAUUGACAAAAAGUGCUGUCAUGGCUUUCGUUGAUGAUGUUCCGCCCCAUAUUAAGCGCAUGCAAACAGACUAUAAAACAUCCAUCAGAAGUAAAGUAAAUUAGAUCGUGUGUCGUGUGAACAGAAAUUGUGACUUUUUAGACUAUGCACGUUCAUACAGGAUGUAGCCCUCGUGAUAAAAUUCGUCUGGUUCAGCCUUCAGGUCUUUAAACGAUGUUAAUGGAUGCAAAUAUAUCAACGAUUUUUGGAACUCAUAUUGUUCGCAUAUUCUUGGCACAUGGCACUGAUGAAAAACUUCUCAUGAUCAGCUGGUAUAAACAACGUAUAGCGAUCAUCAUCGUUUACAGAAUUGUGUUAUACACGAAACUGAAGCUGAAACAUCGAUGGAUUGUUUUCUGUUCUGUUUGUCUCAAUGGCCCAAAUGCAAGUCCAUAAAUUAUCAGAAAAAGGAAACUCAGUCAAUAUGUCAACUGAACAAUCAAACAAGAGAAACCAAGCCUGGUGAACUGGUGCAAGCUCUUGCUUUCAACUACUAUGAACAAUCUCCAAUUCGAAGUGCUUUAUAUGGAAGUUUAGCAUACACGAACGUCGCCUUUCAAGGGGUAUUUAAGCUCAAAAACUUGAAGACCAAAAGAUUACUGUUCUCAAGUGGCGCUCGUGUGGAAAAGAAACGUGGAUCUGAAGGUGGUGUCAGCAAUGAAAAUAGCAUUUUUGGCAGUGAUGCUAACUAUUAUGACCGUGUUUGGUGGAAAAUAUCGAACGAUGGCCAAGGAAGAUACUUAUUUGAAAAUCAUCGAACAAAACGAUAUCUUUUCUCAAUGGGAGAUGAAAUACCAGGUGAUCGUGGGUGUGAAGGAGGGAUAACAGAAGCUCCACUUUGCCUCGGUUCUGAUGAUAAUUACGAUAACCGUGCUCUUUGGAGGAUAAUCAACAAAGAUGGAAAAUAUCUUAUCGAGAAUGUGGUCAAUUUGAGAUAUGUCUUGUCUGAGGGUGAGCCACCUACUCAUGAUGAAGGCGGUUGGAUAGGUGCACCAAGAUGUGUUAUGGCUGACGCAAACUAUGAAGAUCGUGCUUUAUGGCGAAUUAUCAGUAAAGUUUGA